AUGGCAAUCGCUAUAAUUUUGUAUUCGCUACAUGAACAUAUAGCGGCUUUAGCAGAGAUUGAGAAGGAAGGUGUUGAACUCAAUGGCAUUCAAUGUGAUAUUUUUCAAGUUCCCGAAACUUUUGAUGCUGAUACCGUUAAGGAACUAGGUGGCAAGCCAACCAAUUACCCUAUUGCUAAUAGAGAAGUACUAGAGAAAUACGAUGCGUUUUUACUAGGUAUUCCAACUAGGUUUGGUAACAUGCCAGCUCAAUGGUCCGCAUUUUGGGAUGCCACUAACACACUAUGGAUUAAAGGCUCCUUACACGGUAAGUUAGCAGGUGUAUUCGUUUGCACCGGCAGCGGUGGAGGCAAUGAAAAUACGAUUGCAAGUGCUGUGACGACCCUUGUACACCACGGUAUGAUCUACGUGCCGCUGGGUUACUACAACGUUAUGAAAAAAUUGAGUAGGAUGGACAAGGUUAAAGGUGGUGGCCCAUGGGGUGCCGGUACCAUUUCAGGUCCAGAGGGUGAAAGGGAACCGUCGUUGAUUGAAAAGAAGAUUGCAAGAGAACAAGGUAGAAAGUUUGGUAAGAUCUACUGGAAGACUACUCAUUGA